AUGCGGUCCCUUGCUGCGGCCAUUGUGCUGCCCCUAGUGCUCCUUGGUCAGCUUUCCCAGGCAGACACCGAGGUCAUCACCAGCACCGAAGUCUCCUGUACAACCGAGUCGGUCAAUCUGUUCAUCAAUCCGUCCUUCGAGACGGGCUCAACCAGUCCGUGGACUAGGUUGACCGGUGCCAUCUCGGUCAUCAGCGACAGCUCGGACGACGGGCAGUAUGCCGCGCAGGUCAGCUGGGUUGGAGGACCCAACUAUGCCAUGUCGCAGACGGUGACGGGGCUCCAAGUGGGCACGACAUAUACCUUCUCGUAUGACUACAAACUCGGCAAGUCGACCGGAUUUCAGGGAUACACUACCUGUACGUUUUACGCUGCGCACGAUACCACCGUCAUCCUGACACGGGCAACUGGAUCAUAUUCGCCAUCCACCGCUACCUGGCAGACCCUGUCAGCGACGCUUACUGCCACCUCGACCUCGCACACGUUUACCAUGUGGGCGUUCUGUAAUCUCUACAAUGUCUACCAAACGUAUGUCGAGUUUGACAACGCCAAGCUCCUGGGCCCUGCGCAGGAGACCUGCUCGACAGUGACCGUCAGCUCGACAGUCACACUCACGCCCAGCUCGACGCCGGUCUUUACCCCAACCCCUUCCAGCAGUGCGGUGAUCACGGCGUCGCCUUCGAGUGAGGCCAUUCUUUCAUCGUCGGCAAUUCCGUCCAGCAUAGUGGUCGCUUCACUGUCCGUACCAGUGCGGACGCCAAGUGCAACACCUUCAACCUCGCCCACGCCAGCGUCCCCGGUCUCUUCUCCAGUGGUGUCUUCUCCUGUGGUCUCUUCUCCUGUGGUCUCCUCUCCGAUGGUUUCCUCUCCGGUGGCGUCUCCGUCCUCGUCGGCUGCUCUGAUCACUUCCUCCGCGGUCAUCCCGUCGUGUUCUUCGAUCCCUCUGCCUUCACUUGGAAGCUCAUCUCCUGUGGUGUCAUUCUCUAUUAUCCCGGUCUCGGUACCGACAUCAACUCCAUCAUCAUCUGCUCCACCGUCGAGCAACGCCGCACCGAGUUCUUUCAGUCCUGGGCCAGCGUCACCGUCCUCCUCACCUGAUCCGUCCGCCAGUCUCUCACCCACAUCACCGGCUUCCUCCGUCCCUGCUGUGACAUCCCCAACUUCUUCCGCCGCGUUGGUGGCCACCUCCUCAGCCUCAUCAAGUGACAGCGCUUCCUCCAUUGCCGCUGUGACUUCCUUGGGCUCCUCCGUGCUGCCCGCCCCGAGCUCACCCUCGUCGAGCGUUCCUCAGGUUCCGCCCUCAUCCGGCGCAGCAUCCUCUCAAGUCUCAUUGUCGAGUGGGCUCCUAACGCCAUCGAAUCCUUCAUCCGCUCCCAGUGUCGUUCCCAUAUCGUCCAUCGUGGCAUCGGGUCAGUCGUCUGCAAUUCCUACUUCCGCGCCACAGUUCACCACAUCGACUAUCCUGACAACCCGAACUGCUACCGUGACCGCUUGCCCGUCCUCAGUCCCCGACUGCCCUGCGUCAGCCAGGAGUACUUUUGUAACCACUGAGACCAUUGUGGUUGCAACAACCAUUUGCCCAGUCACCGAGGCCACCACGUCCGCCACCCCUACGGCUGAUAUUGCCCCAUCAUCUGUUGGUAAAUCUACUACCUCUACUAUCUUCAGCACUCGGACUGCUACCAUCACCGCGUGUCCAUCCAGUGUGACCGAUUGUCCCGCGUCCCAUAAGAGCACAUAUACCACCACGGAAACAGUCGUGGUCUCCACCACCAUUUGUCCAGUUACCGCUACCGAGCGACCUGCAGUCACCGGAGUCCCUGGAUCCGCCGCAAGCGCCGGCUCACACGCCCCGUCAGGAGGUGAUUCUGUUGAUGUGAUAACCUCUACCGUCUUGACCACCCGCACUGCCACUGUCACAGCGUGCCCGUCAACAGUCGCCAAUUGUCUCGCCACGGCAAAGAGCACAUUCGUCACUACCGAAACUAUAGUAGCGUCUACUGUUGUGCUCACAGUCGAGAGGGCAGCAACUCCUACCGCUAUUCCCACGGUUCCUGCAUCUGGGGCUCAUGGUUCGACUUCUGAGUCUGGCUCUAUCAAUGACCAAGGUACAGGCCGUGGGUCAAGCUCAGGCUCCAGCCUUGAUACAGUUCAAUCAAGCCAUGGCACCGGAGCUAGCGCACACAACGCUGUCGGCUCUGCAUCAUCCGGUGCAAAGGAUGUCGCCGCUUUGGAGGCUCAUGGUGAUAUCCCCAACUACAACCAGACCAUUCCUGCAAGCACUCCAACGAGCCUUCGGACAUCGACUGCAUCCAGAAUCCCGUCCCCCAGGCCCUCUAGUCUGACUUUGACCGCAGGUUCCAGCGCCGCCACUCUCUCUACGUCUUCUCAAGCAAGUGGUUCCCGCACUAUGACGGGUACCGCUGCGUCAGCACUCUUUACCGGCUCUGCAUCCCCUGGACCGGCAAUAGGAUCUUUCUUCGGUCUCGUAUUCGUAGCAAUUGCUACGUUGAUUCCUUUCCUUUUCACUUCGAUAUAA